AUGGUCAUACUUUCCAGUCGAGGGGACCUGGGGGGUAGACAGGACGUGUCCGCCAAUGGCCUCAUCGAAGUAAUGUGUGUCGAAUAUUGUGGAAUGCGAUGUGUCAUGCAAAGGUCGUCAACGAACUUAGUUGUCAAAGUAAAUGCCUCAGAUUGUGCCAAAUCUUGCCAAAUCGUGUCCUCUCCGGCUCCCGUGCCCCAGCCCUACCACGUUUUCUGCGGUCAAAUUGUGGCUAGAGUCCGGGGGAUUUUCGCCCAGGGACCGCUAAUAGAUCAGACCAAGGCCACCAGCAGGUCGUCCCGCACGGACGACCCCAUGGAAUGGGGAAAGAUUUGUAAAUUUUGA